AUGGCCGAAGAUAACUUCUCUUCGUCGCCCAUCGCACCCUCCAACCCCGACAUGUCUGCCAAAGUAUCAUCCUCUGGUAAGGACGGCCAGCUCGACGCUCUUCGUGCUCGUCAAGCUGCUCUUGAAUCGACCGUCGCUGGACUCCUCUCUCAACGUACCUCUCUUGUCGAUUCCUUUUCUGCCACUUCCCAUAUUCAACACUCAGAAGAUACGGAAACUCGUGCAAAACUCGCGGUGGAUUCUGCCAACACAAAGAUCAAGACUCAAAUCAAACAGCUUCAGCAGUACAACGACAUCAAGGACAUCGGCACCCAGCUCAUGGGCCUCAUCGCCGAAAAGCGUGGUUGCCGCAUCGGUGAAGUUCAAGAGGAGUUUGGUAUCAACCCUGACGAUUGA